AGGUGUGAAAUAAGUAAAUGUCACAGACUCACAGUCGUCCAUUGGCUAGAGAAAACAAGAGCAACGGAGCUCGACGACGAUAGCACAAACAACGUACUAGAGAGAGAGAGAGAGAGAGAGAGAGAGAGAGAGAGUAUGAAGGAGGAGGCCAUAAGCUCUUCAGCUAAUCCACGUUUGGUCUUCAAAUCAUCUUCUACAAGCCCUACCCCCGCUGCUAGUUCUGCAGGGGCAUCAUCCCCUGCUGUGCCAGUGAAUGCUGGAAGUAUAGACUGGUUGGGUCAUGGACAAGGGUCCAAAGCAGGUUCUCUAUCUCGCAUUGGUUCGCAGAACCUGCGGACUUCGUUGAGCACAAGCGCUGGUGGUUCUGCCCUUGGAUCAUCACAACCUUCAUGCAGACCGUGGGAAAGGGGGGAUUUACUGAGGCGUCUUUCUACUUUCAAGCCUGCAAAUUGGUUUGGGAAGCCAAAGGCUGCAAGUUCGUUGGCUUGUGCCAGAAGAGGCUGGGUGAAUUUUGAUGUUGAUAAGAUUGAGUGUGAAUCAUGCGGUGCAAACCUGCAGUUUGUUUUAUCAGCUUCCUGGACCCCUACAGAAGGUGCUGCAGAAGACUUUGCCAAGCAGCUAGAUGCAGCGCACAAAGUCAGUUGUCCUUGGAGAGGAAACAGUUGUGCAGAAAGCUUGGUGCAGUUUCCUCCUGCUCCCCCAUCAGCUCUUAUUGGGGGUUAUAAAGAUCGCUGUGAUGGACUCCUGCAGUUUCUCUCUCUCCCACUUGUGGCUGCUUCUGCAAUUGAGCAGAUGCGAGUUUCUCGGGACCCAGAAAUCGAAAGACUUCUUGUGCACUCAGAGACUUUUGCAGCUGGUGAAUCUGGCAUUAAGACAGAGAAUCUCUCAGAAAACACUAGAGAAGAGGCCCUCUCUAAAUACUCGAAUGCUCGAAAGCUAAUAAGCUUGUGCGGAUGGGAACCAAGAUGGCUUCCAAAUAUUCAGGACUGUGAAGAACAUUCUGCUCAAUCAGCCAGGAAUGGAUGUUCAGUGGGUCCUACCAGAGACCACGGUCAUCUCCCAGAUGCUGGUCCUAGCAAGAAAGCAUUCUCUGCUUCAACCAAAAAAGAUUCUGGAAAAAAGGAAGUACUUGGUUUCGAGGCUAAAUCUCAGUCUAGGUCACCUUUGUUAGACUGUAGCCUUUGUGGAGCCACUGUUAGAAUCUGGGACUUUCUGACUAUAUCUCGUCCAGCUCGCUUUGCUCCCACUAGCAUAGAUAUUCCCGAUACAAGCAAGAAAAUGGCAUUGACUCGUGGAGUAAGUGCGGCAAGUGGAAUCAGUGGGUGGAUUGCUACUGAUGGUUUGGCAAAAGAGCAGACCGAGGACCGUGAUGAAGCUGCAACACCAGAUGAGGGGAAAUCACAGUCAAAUGUUGGGGUGGAUUUAAAUCUAACUAUGGGUGUUGGGUUAUCCACACAUAUGCAUAUGACAAUGAUGGCUGAACAAUACCAAGGUAUGGGAAGAGAUUUAGUUAUCAGACAGCCUUCCAGCAGUGAGAUAGGUGACCGUGCAGCUUCAUAUGAGUCACGAGGUCCCAGUACACGUAAGCGAAACUUGGAUGAAGGUGGAAGUACUGUCGACAGGCCACAACUAAUGAUGCAACAAGCAGACAGCAUCGAAGGAACUGUCAUCGAUCGUGAUGGUGAUGAAGUUGAUGACGGAGGGGAGUACUCAGCGGGCCCCUCAAAGCGUGCCCGUGACUUUGAUGUAUUUGAAGCCUACCCUUCAUCAUAUCGAAGAGAUUCAUCUGGAGCUGGUCCUAGCCAUUCAGUGGGUUUUGACAUUGAGACAGAUGCUCACAGAGUUGACCCUUUCCACCAGGGAAAUGAACAAAUUACUGGCCUUCCAUCCACUACUAGAGAUUCAACUCGUGUCUCCUCUGUUAUUGCGAUGGACACGUUCUAUAACAAUGCAGACGACGACUCUAUGGAAAGUGUAGAAAACUAUCCAGGAGAUGUUGAUGAUGUCCAUUUCCCGUCUAUGGCAAUGUUUAGGCAUCCAGAUUUGAAUGAAACAUCAGAAUUGAACUACAGUAAUCCAGCACAAGAGAGUACCUGUCCAGGUACCCUCAGAAUAGCUAGAGAAAUGGGUGUUAGCAGCACAAAUGAUGGUGAGGAAGUAUUAAACGCAGACACUGCAACUGCUCAUGGGAGGGAUGCUCCUAGCUUUGGUAUUAGUGGAGGAAGUGUGGGAAUGGGUGCUAGUCAUGAAGCUGAAAUUCACGGGACUGAUGUUUCUGUGCAUAGAGCAGAUAGUGUUGUAGGAGAUGUAGAACCAAUUGCCGAAGUCACUGAGAAUCAGGGUCAAACGGGUGAGUUUGGUCCAGAUCCUGGUCUAAUGGGUGAUUUUGUCCCUGAAGAAGUUGAUCGAGAGGAUCCUCAUGGUGACAGCCAAGAUUUGAUGUUUAGGCCUGUAGGAAGGGCAGAUAGUGGCUCAAAGAUUCUUGGUUCAGCUAAGGCUGAAUCCGUUGAAAGUGGUGAGAAAACCAGUAGCAUGAAUAUCUUACCUCAGGAGAACAGUACCCAUCCUUCUUUUUCUUGCAAUGCCAUUGUAUGUUCUGGUCCUGAAGCAUCGAAGGAAGAAGUGACUCAGGCUGGCAAGGCAUCACCUACUGAUGACUGCGCGUACCCUGAAUCAAAUUAUUUGGUGGCAAAUGGGAUAGGGCCUCCAAAUGGAGAAAGCAACUAUGACGAAGCUGUAGAGUUUGAUCCAAUCAAGCAUCACAAUUACUUUUGUCCCUGGGUGAACGGUAAUGUUGCUGCAGCAGGCUGUAGUAGUAGCAGUGGCUCCAGUUCCGGUGCUGCUGCUAUAGCUCUUUGUGGUUGGCAGCUGACUUUGGAUGCAUUGGACGCCUUCCAAUCACUUGGGCAUCUCCCAAUCCAAACUGUUGAAUCUGAAUCAGCUGCAUCUCUAUACAAGGAUGAUCAUCGAACUUCAAGUCGAAAACUUCUUCCGCGUCACUCAUUCAGCAAAAGCCGUGGACAUAACUGAAAUGAAGCCCCAUCCUGAGUAGUGCCAACAGUAAUAGUUUUAUUAUCGUGUGCUGCGGUGCAAGCAAUACAUAAGAAGUCCAUAUGGUUGUUUUCUCAUUGUGGCUGCUGCUUUUAAGACAAAUACAGUGGUCUCCCAGUGUUCCACCAAGAAUCUGGAGAAUUGGAUGUUCCUCAAUGGAGUUAUAGAACUUCUUCCUCCUUUGUUUCUUCUUUUCUUUCGGAGUGAAGUAAUAAUUAUAUACUUCGGAUAUCCUGUGAUGUUGAUUCUGUUUUCCUUUAAGUUGGACAGUUUGAUGGAUGAGAACGUUAUUGCGAUUUUCGUUGUUAAUUAUGCACUAGGCCAAUUAUGUUUCCAGACAUCAAGGAACUGACUAUAUAUGAUUGGCUGUUUAUGAAUAA